GCUGUCUCCCUCCAGGCUUGGCUGACAGAAAUUCAUGAAUACGCACAGCAAGAUGUGGUCCUCAUGUUACUGGGAAACAAGGUGGAUUCAGCCCAGGACAGAGUGGUGAAAAGGGAAGAUGGAGAAAAAUUAGCCAAGGAAUACGGCGUGCCCUUUAUGGAGACCAGCGCAAAAAGUGGCCUCAACGUUGAAUUAGCGUUCACAGCGAUUGCAAAGGAACUGAAGCACAGGUCCCUGAAGCUGCCCAACGAGCCCAAAUUCAAGCUCCACGACUACGUGAAGAAGGAAGUGAGAGGCUCGGGCUGCUGCAGGUCCUAA